CAAUUGCCUAUUCGGACUAAACGAGCAACAUGAGGCGCGUGUUGUUCUUCGCAUUGAUCGCAAUUUAUUGCAUCGCAUGCCCCUACACCAAAGUAGAAGAAAGUUUCAAUCUCCAGGCUAUUUAUGAUGUCAUGCAUGGAAUCCCUCUCUCAGACUAUGAUCAUUUUGACUUUCCCGGGGUUGUUCCUCGAACAUUUGUUGGUGCCACUAUACUUGGACUUCUUAGCCGUCUAAUCCGACCUUUUUUUGUUGGUGAAUGGAUCUCUACUCGGGAACAAGUCAUUCCGCGUCUCAUUCUUGGAGCAAUGGUCUCCGUGGGAAUGGGCUACUUUGAAAGGUCUGUACGUUUGCUGUUGGGGAAACGUACGUCUACUAUUUUCAUGAUUCUCUUAUUCUGCCAGUUUCACAUCGUAUUUUGGUCUAGUCGUACUCUUCCGAAUACCCUUGCUUUACCUUUGGUACUCUUAGGCCUGUCUCAUUGGAUUCUUAGUAUGACAACCCGUGCCAAUCGCACUACCCAACUCACGCUCAUGAUUCGCUACCUAACAUUCACUGGUCUUGUCUUUCGAUUCGAGGUCGGCAUUCUUCUAGCAAUUAUCCUCGUAUUUGAAUGGGCUUUAUAUCGCCAUAUCACUUUCCGCACCAUCAUCAUCCAAGGUGCCCUUACUACCGUAGUCUCCUUAGGUUUAACUAUCCCAAUAGACUCUUAUUUUUGGCAGCGAUGGGUCUGGCCAGAAGGCAGUGUAUUUUUCUUUAAUGCAAUUCUCAACAAAAGCUCUGAAUGGGGCACGCUGCCUUUCUAUGCUUACUUUGUUAAUUUCUUGCCGCGUGUGCUGAUGGUCAGCUACCCUCUUGCCCUGAUGGGAUUUUUUACCGACCGUCGUAUUCGUGUUCUACUUGCUCCCGCUUUGGUAUACACUGGUUUAUUCUCAAUGCUUCCUCAUAAGGAAUGGCGAUUUAUUAUGUACACUAUUCCGAUUUAUACCACAGCAGCUGCCUUUACAGUCAGCAAAUUAUCACUAAAAGCGAGACAUUCCAUGUACGCCACUGUGUCUCUGGUGGGUGUGGCGGGUGCUUUGGUAGUCUGUUUUUGUGGGUCUAUUAUGAUGCUAUUGGUUUCAAUGAAGAAUUACCCCGGGGGUGAAGCACUGUCCGUCAUGAACAACAUGCCACUACAAUCAGCCUCGAUUCAUCUGGAUGUCUUGACGGCCAUGACGGGAGCAUCGAGAUUUGGACAAACUCACUCAUUAUGGUCCUAUCACAAGGACGAAUCACAUCGCUCGAUUGAUGACUAUCUAGAGGCAGAGUAUACACAUUUGAUUUCUGAUACACCGCUCAACAACACGCCUUUCGAGAUUAUAAGUGUUACCUAUGGACUGGAAAAAAUCAAGCGAAAAUCACCGCGCAUCUAUUUACAGAAUAUUAUGUCGAUCUUUGGCAAGGACUGGUCUUGGGAAACAUUACUUCCCGUAGAAAUUGAAUUAGAACCUAAAUUGUACAUUUUUCAGCUUUCACAUCCCCAAAAGGUGUGGGUGGACUACAAAAUACAUCACAGUUCUGUAUUAAUAUACAGCAAGUCCUAUUGUCCUUAUUGCAAGCGAGCCAAGGAAAUCUUGAACAAGUAUUGCCCACACCAGUACCAGGUGGUUGAGAUUGAUCUACGACAGGACGGUAGGGAACUUCAGGCAGCACUUAUUGAGAGAACUGGUCGUCGUACUGUUCCAGCCAUUUUUAUGAAUGGGAAAAUCAUUGGAGGAUCAGACGAUUUGGCUGCCUUAGAUAAUCAGGGCGUACUAGAACCCCAAUUACCGUGCAACCUCCAUUACUUACAAUGAGAGUAUGUUAUUUAAUGCAGCAAUAUUGUAUAAAUGAUCAUUGUAAAUGGACUUUUUUUUAUCAUUUUUUCUUAUUUUGGUCCUGAAAUGUACAUGUAGUCCGAGCACUAUACUCUUCAAAAUUGGUUUGUACUAUUUUAAACACAGUAAUUGAUAUCAAAAAAAUAAAUAAAUAAAUUUUGCGACCAAU